GGGGAAUUGAAGAUUAGCCCGGCACCGACGUCUACCAUGAGAAAAAAACGGCUGCUAGAAUACAUGUCUUUGCACCAACUUCCUCCUCUCCUUCUCACUCUCGUUCUCCCUCUUUGUACAUACCUUGACCAUGGCUAACCAGUACCUGGGCUUCGAUCUCAGCACCCAGCAACUGAAAGGCAUCAUCGUCCAAUCCGACCUCAAACUCGUCCACGAAGCCAAAGUCGACUUCGACGCCGACCUCUCCAAAUAUGGCAUCGAAAAGGGCGUCCUCACCAACCCGGCCGACGGCGAGGUCUUCGCCCCCGUCGCCAUGUUCCUCGAAGCCAUCGAUCUCGUCUUGCAGCGGCUGAAGGAGCAGGGAGCGGACUUCUCCCGGGUCCAGGGUAUCUCUGGCGCCGGCAUGCAGCAUGGCACUGUUUUCUGGAACCGGGACGCGGAGGCGUUGCUGGCGGGAUUGGACGGGGGGAAGACGCUGGUGGAGCAGUUGGAGGGCGGGGCCAAGGGGGAGAGAAGGGGAGCUUUCAGCCAUCCGUUCAGUCCGAAUUGGCAGGAUGCCAGUACGCAGAAGCAGUGCGAGGCGUUUGAUCGGGUGAUGGGGGAUGGGCAGAAGUUGGCGGCGGCGACGGGGAGCAAGGCUCAUCAUCGCUUCAGUGGCCCUCAGAUCCUCCGCUUCCGCGAGAAGUACGCCGAGGCGUACAAGGCGACCUCACGCAUCUCCCUCGUCUCGUCCUUCGUGGCCUCCGUCUUCCUCGGCAAGGUCGCCCCCAUGGACAUCAGCGACGUAUGCGGCGCCAACCUCUGGGACAUUGAGAACAACCGCUGGCACGAGGACCUGCUCGCCCUCGCCGCGGGCGGCUCCGAGGGGCUCUCCGACUUGAAAUCCAAACUGGGAGAAGUAGCGCUCGACGGCGGCAAGAGCUUCGGCACCAUAUCCCCCUACUUCGUCCAGCGCUACGGUUUCCCGCCGUCGGCACAAAUCAUCGCCUUCACGGGCGACAACCCCUCGACGAUGCUCGCCCUCCCCCUCCGCAGCUCCGACGCCAUCGUCUCGCUCGGCACAUCGACGACUUUCCUCAUGUCCACCAAGCAAUACAAGCCCGACCCCGCGUACCACUUCAUGAACCACCCGACCACAUCCGGGGAAUACAUGUUCAUGCUGUGCUACAAGAACGGCGGCCUCGCCCGCGAACACAUCCGCGACGCCAUCAACAAGGUUUCUUCUACUUCCGACCCCAAAUCCUGGGACGCCUUCAACGAGACCGCAACCCGCACGCCCGUCCUGGGCCAAACCGACCCAUCCACCUCCCCCAUGCGCCUAGGCCUUUUCUUCCCGCGCCCGGAAAUCGUGCCCAACGUGCGCGCAGGAACAUGGCGCUUCCUGUACGACGCCUCGACCCACGCCCUCAACCCCGUCGGCCCCAACGAUACCGAAUCCUGGCCCACCCCCCAAGCCGACGCCCGCGCCAUCCUCGAAUCGCAAUUCCUCUCCCUCCGCCUGCGCUCCCAACCCCUCGUCGAACCCCAGGGAACUCUCCCACCCCAACCCAAACGCAUCUACAUGGUCGGCGGCGGCGCGGCGAACCCGGCCAUCGCCGACCUGGCGGGCCAGGUGCUCGGCGGCGCAGAGGGCGUCUUCAAGCUCGAUAUCGGCGGCAAUGCCUGCGCUUUGGGCGCCGCGUACAAGGCGGCGUGGGGCGUCGAGCGGAGGCACGGGGAGAAGUUUGCCGAUUUCCUCGAGGGCAGGUGGGACGAGGAGCGGUUCGUCCGCAAGGUGUGUGAGGGGUAUAGGGAGGGCGUGUGGGAGCGGUAUGGGGAGGCGUUGAAGGGUUUUGCGGCCGUCGAGGCGAGGGUGGUCGAGGAGGCUGGGAAUGAGAGGAAGCGUGAGGACGAGGCUAUGGUGGGCGAUGUGGUGUAGGUUAUCAUGUAUAGGGUCGUGUUAGGUUAUGCUCCAAGUAGGAUCAUUUGGGAGAGAUAUGGAACAGCAGGCAUGAGCAUAAAUUACAAAAGGAUUAGCAUCUUUCAUCGC